AUGCUCGCUCUGUUGUACUCGUUCGUCUUCCUCACCGCGGGCGCGUUCGCGUUCCCGAUACUCCACUGGCCGCGCACAGAGACGGUCAGCAACGUCGUCUGCACCGACUCCUCCGUGACGCUCGACUCGCACGAGACCAACGUUGCGCUCCUGCAGAUCUGCGGCGGCAUCGCCGGCUCGAUCGAGAAGUGCCAGGGCAGCCCGACGACGACGACGGGCACGUCCGGCGGCUCCGAGUUCACGAUCACCCCCGUCAACUCGGGCGACACCAUCAAUAUCUCCAAGGGCCGCUGGGAGCAGGGCAUCAAGGCCGUCGCUGCGACGUGCGGCGCGGACAAGCCCUUCACGGCGACCUUCACUGGUGGCGCGACGACGGGGGAUGUGAACGUGGUGUUGAAGCAGGCUUAG